CCCCUGGCCCUGCCCCACUGCCUGGCGCCCCCCUGUGCGCACAGCCUGCCCGGCCGGUGCUGAGGGUCUCCGCUGUGUGCUCCCUGCAGGGGGCGCUCCUGGCACGGGGAGGGAGCUGCCCCCACCCCUGCCCCUGCCCCUGCCCCUGCCCGCCCAGGGCUCGGGAUGAAGACGGGCUCGGACCCCCGCCCGCCCCUGCCCCUGCUCUGCCUCCUGCUGGCGCUGAGCGUCGGGGGGGCUGGUGCCACAGGGAUAGGCAGCUUCUUCAGACCCCUGACCUGCGCUCAGCACCUCUCCCUGCGGCGGCCCUGCGGCGGGAACCCCGAGAGCUUCUACGCCAGCCAGUGUCUGCAGAGGAAAUGCUGCCACGACAACGGCACCUGCUACCACCGCGCCAUCGACGCACCGCGCCAGCGCCGGAACGCCGGGAUCCUGGGGGGGGUCUGCGUGGGGGCCGCCGGGCUGUUCCUCUGCAUCUGUGUCGCCUGCAGACUGAAGGGCACCCGGGCAGCAGGGAAGGAGCCGGGGGAGCCGAAGUCGAGGCCGGAUGCAGAGGUGGCUGAUUAUCUGAUGAAGCUGCUGGAGGAGAGCGACCAGGAGGAAGAGAAGGGGAUGGAGCCCAGAGAGGAAGAGCCAAAAGAGCGGGGGGAGUAGGGACAGGCUGAGGGGACCCCCCCACACACACACCUGGGCUGCUGCGUCCCUCACACAAUAAAGGGUUAAUUCCCCCCCACA